AUGGCAGCAAGAGUGUGGGACAAAGCUACGGACACAGAAACAACUGAAAUUGGAUUUACGUUGGAUUUCAAAUUGAGUGGUGACUGCAGAGAAUAUCCUAGAGAUGCCACAGAUACCCAUCCAGGAGUGACAGAAAGAGUCGUCGACAUCAACACACUGUCAAUGCUUAGUCAUGAUCUCAGGAUGAGAUUCCAUCCAGCUACUGGCAGUUUGAUCUUCAUGUGUUAUCUAUUCCCAGGACUGUGGGAAGCACUGUGUUCUGCUGGAGUUCUUGAGUGGUCUUACUUCUCCUCGCCUGUCCAAGGGAAAGAUUGGCCUGCCUGUGAAACUUCAGUGCACCACCAAGAGGGAAUCAAAGAACACGUAAUUACAUCUCUUGAGAUGUCUUCUAUAGGCUGCACACUCCUGAUCGGGUUAGCUAUUAUUGGAUCUUCUGAGAAAAUUCGUAGCGGCUCUGAACAAGUCAGGCUCAACAAGACACUCAUGGUUAUGCUAGGGAAAUCUGGCCAUGCAGAGUCGGAAACCCACCUCAACACUUACCCACCAAGUGCCACAGUUGAUUGGUUCAACUCCCAGCCUUGGGUAGGCACCUUGCUGUUUGGUUUUCUAGCAACCAAACUCAAGUCUCCUGGGAAAGAGCUUAUGGAUCAGAUUCGAAUGAUGACAUCAUACACUCAGAUGACAACGUAUGUUUUGAUCAAGCAGUACUUGGAACAGUGCAUGGACGGGACAACUGCUUUGUCACAAGUUUCCGUCAACUCCAGCGCUGGAGUGGUGUGGCUGGAGCUGAAGAUUGAGAACCGGAAGUCAGCCAGGACUCUGGACAUCAGUGGUGAUUCAGGCCGCUUGCUUGUGCGCCUGUGCAGGGCGUUGGUUGCUUGCGCAGGCGCAGUGAAGGUAAGGAGUAGGCGUCGACCCUGGACCGCGAAAGCGUUGAGUGGGAGCUUGAGCUCUAGAGGCCUCGCAAGUACUGAAGAGAGGAUGGACCAGGCCACCUCUCCGCGCCCUCUGGCUUCGAGUUUCAGCUGCAGGUCCCAGAAAAUGGGCUCCGUCGAGGUGUUGUAG